GGAACCAAAUAUGACAGUCUAGUCAAUGAUGCAAUCAUCACCGCCCCAGCCCCAACAACAUUCGAAUUCCAACGUCACAAGUCCGAACAAACGGGCCAAAACCUAGUCCAACCACACGCCGUUCUCUCAAAGCCCGCCACCCCACCACCACCUCUCUCCGUUUAUCUUUCUUUCCUCGGCUCAACAAUGGCCGUUUCCACCGCCACCCAAUUUUCUUCCUCUCUUCACAAAUCCUAUUCUCCCUCCAAGGCCACCCCCUCUCCAAAAUCCAUCUUUCCCUUCCCCAUAACUCCCCGGAAAACAAAAUCCUCUAGCGUAACCCUCGUCGCAGCCUCCUCCAAGAACCCAAUUUCGGACGUUAUCAAACAGAACCAACAUAGGAAUCCCGCCGCCAUUGAUGACGAUAAGCCUCGGGAAGAGUGCGGCGUUGUCGGCAUCUACGGCGACCCGGAAGCCGCCCGGCUCUGCUACCUGGCGCUCCACGCCCUCCAGCACCGCGGCCAGGAGGGAGCGGGCAUCGUCGCCGUCGACAACAACGUCCUCCAAUCGGUGACCGGCGUCGGCCUCGUCUCCGACGUCUUCAACGAGUCCAAGCUCCGCCAGCUCCCGGGCGAAUUGGCCAUCGGGCACGUCCGGUACUCCACCGCCGGCGCCUCCAUGCUCAAGAACGUCCAGCCCUUCGUUGCGGGCUACCGCUUCGGCUCCGUCGGCGUCGCCCACAACGGUAAUCUCGUGAACUACAAAGCUCUUCGUGCCAUGCUCGAAGAUAAUGGUUCCAUUUUCAAUACCAGUUCCGAUACAGAGGUGGUCCUCCAUUUAAUUGCAAUUUCAAAGGUUCGGCCUUUUUUCCUCAGAAUCGUCGAGGCUUGUGAAAAGCUUGAAGGGGCCUAUUCAAUGGUGUUCUUAACGGAGGACAAAUUGGUUGCGGUUCGGGACCCGUUUGGCUUUCGGCCUUUGGUGAUGGGUAGGCGGAGCAAUGGAGCUGUAGUUUUCGCCUCUGAAACUUGUGCUUUGGACCUAAUUGAGGCCACAUAUGAGAGGGAGGUCUAUCCCGGAGAAGUAUUGGUUGUUGAUAGAGAAGGUGUUCAAUCCCUGUGUUUAAUGCCUCACCCCGAGCCCAAAGCAUGUAUCUUUGAGCACAUAUACUUUGCUUUGCCCAAUUCAGUGGUUUUCGGGAGGUCAGUGUACGAAUCGCGCCGAGCAUUCGGCGAAAUACUGGCGAUGGAGGCUCCCGUGGAUUGUGAUGUGGUGAUAGCGGUGCCUGAUUCCGGGGUUGUGGCCGCAAUUGGGUAUGCUGCCAAAGCAGGGGUGCCCUUUCAGCAGGGGCUAAUAAGGUCACACUAUGUGGGAAGGACUUUUAUCGAGCCUUCUCAGAAGAUUAGGGACUUCGGGGUGAAGCUCAAGCUCUCAACCGUCAGGGCGGUUUUGGAAGGUAAAAGGGUUGUGGUUGUGGAUGACUCGAUCGUGAGAGGAACAACCUCGUCGAAAAUUGUUAGGUUGAUUAAGGAGGCGGGGGCGAAGGAAGUUCACAUGAGGAUUGCCUGUCCACCGAUAAUAGGGUCGUGUUAUUAUGGAGUGGACACUCCUAGUCCAGAAGAGUUGAUUUCGAAUAGGAUGAGUGUGGAGGAAAUUAGGGAGUUUAUAGGGUCGGAUUCACUUGCGUUUUUGCCACUUGAUAGCUUGCACAGGUUGCUGGGCAGCGAUUCUCCUAAUUACUGUUAUGCUUGCUUUUCCGGGAACUAUCCAGUCGAGCCAAAGGGUAAAGUGAAUCUCCUUGGUGAUUUUGUGGAUGAUGGGUUGAACGGAAGCAUAGAAUCCAUUAACGGGGGUGGGGUUCAAGAAGAGACUAGAUCCCAGAAGCAGCAGGGGAAGAAAGAUCCAGAGCAGAGACUCGAUAGUGUUUCACUAUAGUGGUAAAAAUAUAUUAGACUACUAUUUACUAGUAUUAUUAAUUAGGUGGGUGGUUAUCUUUUAUUUCUUUUGGUGAUGGACAUGGACAAAAUUGGGGGAUAGUUUACCAAUUAAUUAAUUAAUUAAUUAAUACAGUCGAUUUUAUUUCAAAGUUUCACGUGUUUCUUUGGAUAAGUGUUUGAGCCGAUGGGAAGCCAAAGCUGCUAUUGAAUGUCCUCUGGCGUAUUGUAUUCUUGUGUUGGGAUUGCGCUAAAUUCUCAAGAUUAUAGAUGUCAAAUUAAUUAAUUGCUUUAGCAUGUUUUUGCCUGUUCCAUU